UUGUCGUUGAAGGUGGUGUUUUGUUACUAUUUGAUUGAAAGUUUUGCUUGCGGGCAAAUUACUCAAAAAUAUUAUUUACACGAAAAUAAUUCUGCCAGUGAAAGUACAACGUUAAAGAUUGCUCCAAACGAUAUAGUGACUGAAAAUAAAUGUUCCCCGGAUAAGAGUUUGCACAGCAAAAAUGAUAUUAGAGUUUUGAUAGACUACAUAUAUGAGGAAUUAUCUGUAGAUGAACAGUUAUCUGAAGCUUAUAAAUCGCAAGCAGCUGAAGUGCGAGAUAAAUAUAUACAAGAUCUUAAACAAUUCAUUGAAUGGUUUCAACAUCAGCCGGAACAUCUAAAACAUGUUUUAUAUGGCUUAGCACAAGUAAGGAUAAAGCAUAUAGAACCGAAUGUCAACAAAAUAGCUGACUUAUUGAAAAGUUAUCCUCAAUUAGCAAACGUUUUUAGCGAAAAACAAGAUAAAUUGCGUAAACUGAUCAACGUACAAAAGAGAUAUGAGACUAUGUGCAGCUUCAAUUGUGGGGGAGCAGAAGAUCAUCAUAUAGUCAAACGAGAAAUACAGAAUGAUUAUUAUUGCAGUUCAUUAGAGGAACUACACGAUAAAAUCACUGAAAAAUUAAUGGAAAUUAUUGAAAAAAUGAAAAAUAUUAUGGUUGAUCAACUGUCGAUUUAUAACGAAACUUAUAAAGAAUCUAUUGAUAACAUUAAAAACAACCUAAAGGAUAAAGCAUUACAGGAGUUUGGACGAACUAUGUACGAUAUUUUGAUUCUACAAGAUGAAUAUCAUCAUUUUGCAGAAGACUUAAACAAAACUACCUUAGAAACAGAGGUAUUUUCUAUACAAGAAUUAAGCAUACAAAUAGAUGAAAAGUUACUAAAAAUGUAUAAAGUUGUUGAAAAAUACGGACAAUAUUGUAGAAGUUGUGGCGAAGAGUUUCUCAUACGAAAUACGAGAAGAACAAACGAACAUUUCGAAGAAAUUGUUGAACAGUCUUCAGAGAAUAUCGUAGAUACUCUGAUCGAUAUCAAAUUCAAUGAAACUGCUAUUGAAAUAACAAACGAUUGGCAAAAAAUAUUUAAUGAUUUAAAUGUAUUGAUACAUAAAGUUGGAAGAGAAGACAUCAAUUUAGCUCAUUUAAAGCCUAUUCAACAAGCUGUUGUGCAAAUUAUUAAUGAGGAAAGAGAAAGGUUGGAAAACCUGAAAAAUAUCGCACCUAGAUCAACGAUUAAAAACAUUUUGGAUUUAGUAAAACAAUCGAAACUUUUACUUAAAACUAUUGAUGAAUCAAUAACUUACAGUGAUGCUCUUAUUAACAAAUAGGCGCUAUGGUAUUGUUUUAAUUCUCCUGCAAAUGACAUUAUAAGCCUUUUCCAAGAGUUAUAAAACACAAUAAAUAUCUGAAUAAAAUAAUAGUAUAAUAUGUAGGACCCUAAUUUUUAUUAAUACAUAAUAUGUAAUGUUAUUAUAAUAAAGUAUCCAAAUCACUUGUCCUCUUCGAAGUAUCCUUAUAAUUUAGGGUGAGCGACCGAGCGGAUAGCCGAUUACCGAUUCAGCGCUCCUCAAUAAAUCUGAAUAGGUAUUGUGCGCGGGCGCAUACAAAAGUGUUACUGCUUAUUGUGAAUUAAAUUUGUGAAGUAGAGGUUCAAGGUGCCGUUGACAUCAAUUUGUUGAACGUGAUAUGUUUGACAUAUGAGUAUCAUACAGCAAAGUCUUACGGCAAACCUAAAGAUACCAUCAAAAAUUUGAACAUGUUUUUAUAUAUAAUAAAUAUUAUAUUUGUUUCUGUCUUUAA